AUGAGGUACAGGUCUCUGAAAAACCAACCAGAAUUACAGCUAUCAGACUGGUUUAAUCCCCCUGCAUACAUGAACAUGACUAUUACUGAAUGGUCAGCUCCAGUUGUGUGGUACGGAACUUACAAUGAGUCAGUCUUGGAACAUUAUUAUGAAAAUCAUAAAAUUACUGUGGGGUUGACUGUGUUUGCUGUGGGAAGAUAUCUUGAUCAGUAUUUGGAAACUUUUUUGUUAUCUGCUAAUGAAUUUUUUAUGGUUGGCCAGAAAGUCAUAUUUUAUGUCAUGGUAGAUGACACUGCCAAGAUGCCUCAGAUACAUCUGCAUCCCUUCCGUACGUUCAAAAUUUUUCAGAUUAAACAAGAGAAGAGAUGGCAAGAUAUCAGUAUGAUGCGCAUGCAGACCCUCAGUGAAAUCAUUGCCCGUCACAUCCAGUAUGAAGUGGACUUCCUCUUUUGCAUGGAUGUGGAUCAAAUCUUCAAAAGAAAAUACGGAUUGGAGACUCUGGGAGAAUCAGUAGCUCAGUUACAUACUUAUUGGUAUCAGGAAGAUCCUGGGAGUGUACCUUAUGAGAGAAGUCAGUUAUCAAAAGCUUACAUACCUAAGGGUAAGGGAGAUUUUUAUUACCAUGCUGCUGUCUUUGGUGGCACUCCUAUUAAGGUUCUUGAUAUUACCAGGGAGUGCUCCAAAGGAAUCAUGAGUGACAAGGAAAAUAACAUUGAAGCAGUGUGGCAUGAUGAAAGUCACUUAAACAAGUAUUUCUUUCUUCAUAAACCUGCUAAAAUCUUAUCGCCAGAAUACUGCUGGGAUUACCGUCUUAAAAGGUCUCCUGAUAUUAAAAAUGUCAUGCUCUACUGGGAUGUUAAGAAUUAUGAAGUUCUUAGAGUGACUCUAACAUAA